AUGCUAAGUCCACGUUUUGUCGAACCGUUUGAGAUACUAGAGCGGAUUGGCCCUGUGGCUUAUCGCUUGGUGUUGCCUCCAUCUCUUUCUGUAGUGCACGAUGUAUUCCAUGUCUCCAUGCUGACGAGGUAUGUCACAGAUCCGACGCAUGUAGUGGACUUCGAGCCAUUGCAAAUUAGUGAGGACUUGAGCUACAAGGAGCAACCUGUUGAGAUCUUGGCAAGAGAGGUCAAGAUGCUCUGUAAUCAAGGAAUUGCACUGGUAAAGGUUCUUUGGCGAAACCAUGGGGUUGAAGAAGCAACAUGGGAGAGAGAAGAGGACAUGAGAGCCCUGUACCCCAAGCUGUUCGAGGACUAG